AGGCAUUCUGACUAUUCUAACUAGGAAUGCAACAAACUAGUAUUCAAUCACUUCAAAUCUAAUUUCCAAACAAACCUAAGCGUGAUAACAAAUUCUAAUCAAUAAUAAAAUUUGGUUAAUUCGCUAGAUAUCGAUUCCGAUAGGUGUACGAAAUGUGCCAAAUAGAUUCGUAUGCUUCCUCCUCCAUUGAACCCCUUCGACACCUGAUCCCACACAGGGUAACUUCAACCGAGGGGGAAAACUCCCCGGCAUCUAAUCUUAUCUUGUACUGCCGUCGUCCCGGUUUUAACCCGCGUGCGAGGGUUAACAUAGUUUAUCCAGUAAACAGUGCCACAAUGCAUCGGUCUAUCGGAAAACCUUCGUUCGCUCCUCAGUCUCAAUCGGAAAGUAUGUCAAGUUAGACACCAACCGAACCGUGCGUCGGAAGCAUCAUCCAACAUGGAACCAAUUGACAUCGGCUUACGCAACGGCACUGAGUCAACGUUUCUGCAAGAUCGAUGGAACUCCUUGCUCGAUACGAUCGGUGAUGAACCGGAGUUCCUGUACGUAUGGGCCUUAACCACCUGGGUCAAUGGCUUCUUCUGGUUUUUUGGAGGCUUGUUUGUCCUGAUGGACGUCACUAACCGCCCUCGCUGGUUGCGGAAGUUCAAAACACAACCCGGAACAAACGAACCGCUGGAAUGGACCGGCCUGUGGAGAGUGAUGAAAACGAUUCUCUUCAACCAAACCGUCAUCGGAGUUCCGUUGACCUACAUCGGGUUCCACACGGCCGGAAAAUCCAACCUUCCGGACGUUCGAGUCCUGCCGAGUACCUUCGAAGUGCUUCGCGAUCUGUGUGUCUGCUUGUUCUUUGCCGAAGUGGGAUUCUACUACAUUCAUCGGUUUUUGCACCUGAGACCCCUCUAUCGGUAUGUCCACAAGAAGCACCACGAGUGGACGGCCCCCUUUGCCUGGGCUGCCAUGUACUGCCAUCCGGUGGAACACAUACUGAGCAACAUGAUUCCGCCGAUCAUAGGGAUUCACUUGAUGAAGAGUCACCUGGCAACGGCCGCCCUGUGGUUCCCGCUGGUGAUUGUCAAUACGGUGCGGGAUCAUUGUGGGUAUCAUUUGCCGUUUUUCCCCAGCUCGGAGUAUCACGAUUACCAUCAUGCCAAGUUCACAGAAUGUUUCGGAACGUUUGGCUACCUGGAUUGGUUACAUGGGACCGAUAAGCAGUAUCGUAAAAGUAAACAAUGUCUGCGGCACAGGUGGUUGUGGUCGACGAAAUCAGCUCGAGAGCUGGUUCCGGACAAGUGAAAUAGGUGACAGCUGUGGUUGGCGAGAAAUGAUGAUAAACUUGUUCAAUAUAAUAAAUGUCUCGAUUAUGUUACUAAACGAUAAUACAGUCGCUGUCCAUAAAC